AUGUCCAAUGGAUGCAACCGACUGCUUUGCGGCUCGGUUGGCUCCAACUUGGUCACUCCAUACCUGACCUUUCGCACGAGUUGUUGCCGAUACGAGCUCUCUGUCAGCCAUAUCGUACGCCUUGAGAGGUAUCGAGUAGCAGAUUCGAAAUGCUGUUGCCAGUCGGAAGGUGGACAUCCACCUGGAGCCUUCUCUCCGCUCGACGCGCCUAACAGGUCCUUGGGGACCGCGCACAAUGCUCGCCGCAACGUUCCACCCAACGGCUGGUUGCCAGGAGCCUAUCGAGUUGCAGGUCGUGGCCUUCGGCGUGACUUGAACAUUCAAAUGCAGGUUUUCCAUACCCGCUCGGGGUCGUCGCUCAAGGCUCCAAGUCUUCCUAAGAAGCCUCUGGCCCCUCCACAAUCUGCCACUCUUCUCCCUCCACCGUCCAGCCUCCCACAGCGAACAAACUUGCCACAUCCUCCCUAUGUUAGCGUCGGCCCACUCUCUGUGGACAAAUCGAGAGCCGGCAUUGGCGCGGGUGCAGAUAUAUCACUUCCCAACAGCCCGGUCCAAGCACGAGAGCGUGAGAAAGAGCGUCAUAGGAGAGAGGCAGCAAGACAGUUAGAACUCGCACGCGAGAAAGAGGAGAAGAUUCGAAUGGAGCAGAAGCUGAUCAAAGCCAGGGCAGAGAAACAACGCGCUCAGGAACAAGCAGCCGCGAGAGCGAGACAGGAAAACAUUGCAAGCAAACGAGAGGAAUGGAUGCACAGGUACCGUGAGGCUCAAGAGCUCGCUAGAAAGAUUGAGUUGUUUCCGUGGAGCGACAAGGCCGGCAUCGAUCACUACCUUCAAUGCUCCCGUCUGCUGGAAAGAGCAAAGCACCUAGAGGCUCAACUCACGGAGUGGUACAGUGAAGGAGGUCCCAAUGAGCAGACUAGAGACCUUGGCAACGCGAUCUAUUUCGAUGUGAGUGAUGCACUUAGUGAUGAAAAUUUUGCGCCGAUCCUGAGAGAGCUUAACGACACCGACCGUUACUGGGCCUACUUCCGGAAUCCAGACAUCAUAAAGGACGAGAAGCCUGGUACAUCCUUGCCGACACGGAUUAGACUCCGGUUAUACGAGAUUCUUUGGCUCCGUUACCAAGUGAUUGACACUGCUUUGGUGAUUGCAAGGACAUUGCACGAUCUCCGACAAAUACGAAGGCUCAAGGCUCAAUUACUGUGCUCGACGGAAAUCUUCAGCCACUAUAAACUCACCUUCCCGCUCGAGCUACUAGCGAACGCGAUCAAUGUGAAUGCGGAACGUAUCAUGGAUGACUACUUCCAUCUCAGACGCAUGUCGGGGCUCUUCUACAAGCCUUCGUCGCGACGGUUGAGGAAGCUGUUUUACGAAAGCGCAUUUCCCCUCCACGCCGCGAAGCUGCGCUGGUUGAGCAGAAGUGCUGUCCGUGAUCUGCGCCAGAAUUUUGAAGGACUUCUGGACACCACCGUCCAGAGAGAGCUAUUUCCGAAACUUCGACCUCUGAUUGCGCACAACCGAGAUUUUGUAAGCCUCCGAAACACUUACACCGGCGCGAUCAAUCUAUUCAAUAAUCCCCUUUCUUCCCCAUCGACUCGACUGUUAAUGAAGAUACAAGAAGCGUGGGGCCAUCUCUUCAAUACUCAAAGGGAUGUUCUGCUUCUUACCGAGUUCCUUAUGCUUUGGUCUGGCGUACGCAAAAUAUGGCUAGAUGGUCCUAGCCGUCAAGGAGAUCGUCAUAUAACAAGAGCCUCUGCUCCGGCAGCCUCGCAUGGGCCGCGUUACAACGUCGAGAAGUUUCGGGCUAAUGUUAAGCACGUUGUACCCUGGCGGACUCCUACAUCUCUCUAUCCCCUCGGCACGGCAAUUCCAAUCCACUACGUUCUCACGUAUUCAGGGCUCCAGAUGGUGUUGCCACGGUUCACUGGCUGCAAGAUCCUAGGCUUCGACACGAUACAGACAGCGAAAACCCGCGGGACUUCCUUAGUCGAGUUUCUGAUACUCGCAAGUGACCACGAGGUGGCGAUUAUCCAUAUUGCUUUAAUGAGCCAGUUGAGCCUCGUUUCGAAGGAGCCUUUCGUUGAUAUCAUGCAAGACGACUCAAUUCUGAAGGUUGGUGUUGAUGUCGAAUUCCAGAGACAACUGUUGCUGGACGGUCCUUCCAUUGAACUGGAAGGCGCCGUCGAGCUCUGUAAUCGUCUCAACUGUGAUGUAUCUCCUGGUAUAGUAUCUUCGAAAGACCGGUCUGGGAGCAUUAUAUCAUCAAUGGCCGCCCAAGUUUUCGGUUAUCCUUUACCCGCUGUCAACCUUCCACAGGCCCUCCGAGACUUGCUUCUAGGGACAGAAUUUCGUGCCAUUAGAAGGAUUGGAUCAAUUGAGCCCCUACAACUUCUUACACAUCUUGCCUCGCGCGCCUACGCAGUGUUGCAACUAUACCGAGUAUUUGCAGACGAGAAGACCAAACCGACGUCCAGCCUGUUGCUUCAAUCCAACAUCGAUGAACCUUCUUUAGGCCCUGUCCUAGUCUACAGGCAAUCCGGUGUGAAUAAUGAUGGCUUGCUCAGAAAACGAGGGCUGCCUCGUCAACGACUGCUUCAUCUGGCCAGUAUUGCAGAACACUGGGCUGCGACAAUUUUCUGGGCAAGAGUACAUACAAAUGAUUUCAAAAAGCUUUCUAGGCGAGAACAGAAGGUCAAACGGGAAAAGGCUGUCAGAAAGCUAACUGCCUAUUCCUUAUUCACGACUUUCAACGAGAGUUUGGAUACAAUUCAGCGACACAUGGGCAUGCGCUUGGUCGCUACUGAAAUUCUGGCUAUUUCACACCAAGCAAAGCUGCCCCUGCGCCCACGAGAUGUUGAAUUACUCGACUUUUGGCGUAAGUGGACGCGUGAGGAAAAUUUCCCUCAGAGCGAAGUGCACGAGGAUGCCGAGUACGGUAUAUCUGCAGCGGACUUCAAAUCGCACGCACCAGGCCCAACUCAACAGCUUAACGACCGUACCACCAGGUGGGCCGGCUCACACACAGUUAUGGCGAAACCAAGCGCAGCUCGUACGGUGCAGUCCCUGCCACGAUCAGGCCAAGCUUUGCGUAAGUCGCCACACGAUCUCGCGACACGCCCCUCGCAAAAGAAAACCCGGGCUCCUUCGACAGCAGCAAAUAGGCGUCGCCUUAAGAUAAUGAACGCAGAGCAAACCUCGACCCCUUCCAAGCCAUCACGGAAUGCUGUUGUCUCACAGAAGCCACGUCUAGCAGAUCUGUCUGCCCGUCUAGACUCGCAACCAUUGAAUGUUGGACAAGGCAUACCGACGUGA